AGUCGGGGCUGCUCGGUGAGCAGUUCUCAUAGAGUGCAACCACCUCCAGUCCAUCAUAGACAUGGCGUCGGAGGACACAGAACGAGCUGAGAAACAACGUUGGCUACCCUGGCUAUGGUCGCUAGCAAAAUAUCAUGCUCGGAGCUCGUGGCAUCGUUACAGGAAGCUUCCGCUCUAUGGCAAGCUGCUUCUCUGGGCUCUUGCGUUAUUCUAUGUGGCACUGGGCGUGUUUCUGAUUGUCAUUGGUCCCGAUCGUAUCGGACAGACAAUGUACAAUCUCGCUCAGAAGAUCAGUCACCUACGCUUCGGCUGGCUUAUCCUCACUGCCAUUCUUGUGGUCAUCUCUUUCCCGCCAUUCGUCGGGCAUACCACAACACUCACACUUUGCGGCUUCGCAUACGGCAUGCGAGGAUUCCCGAUAGCCGCUUUUGGAUCCCUCCUAGGUUCCGCGCUAGCUUUCCUGGCCUUGCGAUUCCUCUUCAGCCAACGACUGCGCAAAUGGUCUGCUUCAAGUCAGAAGUGGCAAGCAUUGGAAGCCGUUGUGGAAGCUAAAGGCCUACCGUUGAUCAUGCUUAUACGAGCCUCGCCAUUCCCGCCAUGGGUGUACGCCAACAGCCUCUUCGCGUCUAUCGAAGCCGUAUCAUUCUGGCAAUUUGUUAUUGCUACCUUUGUCGUCUUCCCCAAGGUCGCUUUGCACGUCUUCAUUGGCUCACGUCUCGCAUCCUUGUCGGAUGGAGAGACAAGGCGUCAUAUGGACACGCAAACGAAGAUUAUCAAUGCCGCUGUUAUAGCUGGCGGCGUUUUAAUUGUCAUUCUGACGAGCAUGUUCGUAUUCAGACUUUCCCUACUAAUUAGUCGUAUGCUUAUCCACAUUCACAGCAUCAUUUAUCACGCGAUGCAAUCGCACAUUCGACACCUCAAGAACAUUCCGCCAGAGAUAGACGAGUUGGCAGCGGAAGCUGUUGAGGAAGCAGAGGAAGGUGCUCCUCUGCUGGGGAGCUUUUCUUCUGAAUCUCUACUCGAGGAUGAGGAAAGCACAAUUCGUGCGUCGUCGAGGUCAAGAUCAACCUCGCCCGCAGCAUAGAGUUUCCCUCAAUAUAUGGACAUUUGGACAUCCAGGUUUGGAAUCUUGUAUGUAUAUAUUGUAUGAGGGGUAGUAGUAGGAUGCAUCGGUAUAGUGUAGCCAAGGAUACUAAUCACCUAGAGAAUAAGAAACCGUCCAGAAACUGAUGCCUAGGAUAAUAAUACAGAUGAACGACUCAAAGCAAGGUAAGAGAAAAGAUGAAUGAUAGCAAGGAAUCAUUUAUCAAUAGUAAUGCAAGAAGAGCAACGACAAGCUAGCUCCAAUGAGGAACAAAAGUAUCCACUUGCGACUAUCCCUCGCCCUCCUCUUGGCUUCCUUCAGCUGAACAUUACCCUUCUCCACACUAGCAGCCGUCGCAAUAGCAUCCGAGUACAAUCGCUCUGUCUGUUCAGUCUGUGUUGUCAAAUGGGCGACCAACUCCAUUUGCAGCGCACUGAUUUCCAUCAGUCGAGAUUCUGCCUGCUGCACCGAUGCCAG